AUGUAUGAAACAGGAAAACAAGCGCAAGUCAUCAGAGAAAUGAGAGCAUACAAACUCCACCUGCUAGGUAUAAGUGAAUGUCGAUGGACUGGAUGUGGUAAAAAAUCUACAAGUACAGGUGAAACAAUUGUGUAUUCUGGUAGAAAAGACGAAAAACAUCAAGCAGGAGUAGCAAUUAUAAUGAGCAGAAACGUAACAAAGGCCUUGAUAGAGUAUGCCCCUGUAAACGAAAGAAUAAUAAGAGCUCGCUUCCAAGCAAGGCAGGGAAAACUAACCAUCAUUCAAUGCUAUGCUCCAACAAAUGAAGCAGAGGAUGAUGUGAAAACUGAUUUCUAUCUAGCUCUACAAUCUGAGAUAGAAAAAGUACCAAAACAUGAUGUUACAAUAGUGAUGGGUGAUUUGAACGCCAAAGUUGGAAAUGAUAACACCGGGAAUGAAAGAGUAAUGGGAAAAUAUGGGUGUGGCAAGAUCAACGACAAUGGAGAACGUUUAGUGGACUUAUGUGGUGCUAAUAACUUAGUAAUAGGGGGUACUACCUUCCCUCAUAGAGAUAUACAUAAGCUGACAUGGACUUCUCCAAAUGGUAGAGACAAAAACCAAAUAGACCAUAUUAUCAUCAAUGGAAAGUGGAAAAGAUCGCUGCAAGAUGUACGCGUUAUGAGGGGUGCAGAUGUUGCUAGUGACCACCAUCUAGUAAUUGCAAACAUCAAACUGAAACUUAAAAAGUUGUCUACUUAUGUAAACGUGUCAAGGAAAUUUGAUGUUGGUAAAUUACAAGAUCCAAAAAUCCAGCAAGAGUUUAAACUGGAAAUAAAGAACAGAUUUCAGCUAUUAGACAACCUAGCAACUGACAACACAAUCACAAUAUCAGUCAAUGAUGAAUGGCAGCACAUACAUGAAAUAUACACUCAAGCCAGUAAAAAGGUACUAGGAUUCAAAAGACAAGUACACAAAGAAUGGAUAACACCUGAAACUUGGAAUUUGAUAGAUGAAAGGAAAGAAGUGAACAACAAAAUUUGCCAAACACGUUCUGAGAGAAUUAAGGAAAAGCUAAGAACAAAGUAUACAGAAUGCAACAAGAAGGUAAAAACAGCAACAAGAAAGAACAAGAGAGAUUUUAUGGAAGACCUAGCAAAAGAAGCAGAAAGAGCAGCUUCAAAUCAGAGAAUGGGACAGAUUUACCAAGUAACUAAACAACUAAGUGGUAAAAGUGCCAAGAUAAAUAUGCCUAUUAAAGACAAAAACAACAAUAUGCUAACAACAGAACGAGACCAAUAUCUGAGAUGGAAGGAACAUUUUCAAGAGGUUCUUAAUCGAAAAGAUCCAGAUAAUAUAGCAAUUAUUCCUGAGGCAUCAUAA